UCAGUGUGUCACCAUUUUGGACUUAUGGAUUUACAUUUGUGAGAAGUGCUCCGUGCGAAUAAAAUUAUUUAUUUGUGUUUGAAAUACAUACGGCCUGAAAAUGUCAGGUAACACGGGAAUGGAGCAGCUUAUCCCGAUUGUAAAUAAGCUGCAGGAUGCAUUCACCCAAUUGGGGGUGCAUAUGACAUUAGAUUUACCACAAAUAGCCGUUGUGGGCGGACAAUCGGCUGGUAAAAGCUCAGUAUUAGAAAAUUUUGUUGGAAGAGAUUUCCUUCCUCGAGGUUCUGGUAUCGUAACGCGUAGGCCUCUCAUCCUUCAACUAAUCUUUUCAAACACAGAAUAUGCUGAGUUUCUACAUUGUAAAGGUAAAAAAUUUGUUGAUUUUAAUGAAGUACGUACGGAAAUCGAAGCGGAAACGGACCGUGUUACUGGAAGUAAUAAAGGUAUAUCCAAUAUACCAAUUAACCUGAGAGUUUAUUCACCAAAUGUAUUAAAUUUAACUUUAAUUGAUUUACCUGGUUUAACAAAGGUGCCUAUUGGGGACCAACCAGCUGAUAUUGAGGCACAAAUACGUGGAAUGAUAUUACAAUUUAUUAAACGUGAAAGUUGUUUAAUAUUAGCAGUAACACCAGCUAAUACAGAUUUAGCAAAUUCAGAUGCUCUUAAAUUAGCCAAAGAAGUUGAUCCACAAGGUAUUCGAACAAUUGGUGUAAUAACCAAAUUGGAUCUUAUGGACGAUGGAACAGAUGCACGUGAUAUAUUGGAAAAUAAAUUAUUACCAUUAAGAAGAGGAUAUAUUGGAGUUGUAAACCGUUCACAGAAAGAUAUUGACGGUAGAAAAGAUAUUAAUGCAGCUUUAGCUGCUGAACGAAAAUUUUUCCUAAGUCAUCCAAGCUAUAGACAUUUAGCGGAACGUCUCGGUACACCAUACUUACAACGUGUAUUAAAUCAACAAUUAACAAAUCACAUCCGUGAAACAUUACCAAGUUUACGUGAUAAAUUACAAAAACAAUUAUUAACAUUAGAAAAGGAUGUUGAUCAAUAUAAACAUUUUCGUCCGGAUGAUCCAGCAAUCAAAACCAAAGCAAUGUUACAAAUGAUACAACAAUUACAAACAGAUUUUGAACGCACAAUUGAAGGGUCUGGUUCGUCGGACAUUAAUACAUUAGAAUUAUCUGGCGGUGCAAAAAUACGACGAUUAUUUCACGAACGUUUUAAUUUUGAAUUGGUUAAAAUGGAAAUUGAUGAGAAAGUAUUGCGUAAUGAAAUAUCAUAUGCUAUACGAAAUAUUCAUGGUAUCCGAGUAGGUUUGUUCACACCUGAUAUGGCAUUCGAGGCAAUUGUUAAAAAACAAAUUGAACGGUUGCGAGAGCCUAUAAUUAAAUGUGUAGAUCUAGUCGUGCAAGAAUUAUCAAAUGUAAUUCGUAUUUGUACAGAAAAGAUGGCAAGAUAUCCACGUUUAAGAGAUGAAACAGAACGGAUCGUUUCUCAACAAAUUCGUCAACGUGAAGAAUUUUGCAAGAAACAAUUGCUAUUAUUAAUUGAUUGUGAACUAGCAUAUAUGAAUACGAAUCAUGAAGAUUUUAUCGGUUUUGCCAAUCAUAGGACUGGUAAUUUUUUUGGUAGCGCUCAAAAUCAAUCGGAAAAUUCAGUCAAGACCGGACAUCGUCAACUGGGAAAUCAAGUCAUUCGCAAAGGGUAUAUGUGCAUUCAUAAUUUGGGUAUUAUGAAAGGCGGUUCUCGAGAUUAUUGGUUUGUAUUAACAGCUGAAAAUAUUUCAUGGUUCAAAGAUGAAGAAGAACGUGAAAAGAAAUAUAUGUUACCAUUAGAUGGGCUUAAAUUGCGAGAUAUUGAACAAGGUUUUAUGUCACGACGGCAUAUGUUUGCAUUAUUUAACGCUGAGGGUAGAAAUGUAUAUAAGGGUGGAGGAGUUCUUAGGAGAAAUUCGAUUAUGCCUCACUCAAAUGAUUAUAAGCAAUUAGAAUUGAGUUGUGAAACUCAAGAUGACGUCGAUUCAUGGAAAGCAUCAUUUUUACGUGCUGGUGUAUAUCCGGAGAAAUCAACAGAAAAAACAGAAGGAGAAGAAGGUGAUGGGUUUGAGGGUGAUGGUGAAUCAGGGUUACAAAGUUCAAUGGAUCCACAAUUAGAGCGACAAGUGGAAACAAUUCGUAAUUUAGUUGACAGUUAUAUGAGGAUUGUAACAAAAACAACACGUGAUCUUGUACCAAAAUGUAUUAUGAUGAUAAUCAUAAACAAUGUGAAAGAUUUUAUAAAUGGUGAUUUACUUGCUCAUCUAUAUGCAACGGGUGAUCAACAAGGUAUGAUGGAAGAAUCAGCGGAAGCGGCAACAAAACGUGAAGAGAUGUUACGCAUGUAUCAUGCUUGUAAAGAAGCCUUACAUAUUAUUGGUGAUGUUAGUAUGGCAACAGUUAGUACUCCUGUACCGCCACCGGUGAAAAAUGAUUGGCUAGCAAGUAGUUUAGAUAAUCCUCGGCUAUCACCUCCAUCACCAGGUGGACCACGUGCGAGACCAGCACCAAACAUGUCACAAGUUGGAAGUAUGGGAUCAUUGGGAGGAGGUUCAAGGGCACCACCACCAGUACCCGCUUCAGGAAGACCAGCUCCAGCAAUUCCAAAUAGACCUGGCGGAGGUGCACCACCUCCACCACCAGGUAGACCAACAGGCCAAGGCCUACCAGCACCAUUAAUACCAUCUCGCGUGGGCCCGCAGUCAGGCGGUGCAGGCUUCCAGGUGCCACAACGUGUUCAACAAGCAGUUGGCCAAGCGGUCACACAGGCGGCUGUCAAUGAAUUAGCAAACGUAUUCAAAUCCAAUCGCCCUGUUCCUAACAUUCCGCCAAGGCUACCCGAGCGGCCGUACAACAAUGGAAGGCAGUAUUAACACAAAAAGUUUGAUGAAAUCAAAUUUAUUAGGACUUCUUUUUUUAAUUUAGUGAAAAUUGUGAAUUUGAAACGAAUGCGCAAGAGGUUGGGACCAAAAAUCUUCUCUCUUCUAUUUUGUAUAAAUGUGGACGUUUUUUUAGCACUGUUGUUUCGCCGCUACCAGUGAAUACAUAUUUUGUUCUUAAUUUUGUU